AUGAACUUCAGUUGCGUGUGGACAGUGCUCUCAGCAGGCCUCAUCGCGACGGGGGCCCUGGCCGCUCCCGGGCCGGACUGCUCCCCAGCCGUCCUCCAGGAGCUGCCCUUACGUGCAUCAAGCCCUACAGCAUCUUUGUUCUCUCCAACUAUCCAUCUUGUUGUUGGUCUCUUGCCAACUGUUGAGGCAUUAAUUGUUGUGUUGAGACUUCCUAAUGGAUUGAUCCGAGCUACAAGUCCCGCCCAUAUUAACUUGCCUUCAUAUCUUGAGAUAUUUGUUGACUAG